UAACUUCUUGACUCUUCUCUCUUCUGGUCUAACUUCUCUGUUAGCAUAAUCUUGUCAUUCAGGAACAAUCUUCAGUCAGAGGCCUCUCCAGAUUCACUGCAAGACUGACUGCUACUGGAGAACCUUCCUGCACUCAGCAUCAUCAUCCACAACGAUUCCCUGAAGAUACUUAGAUGAUAUGAAUUACAAAAACAUUUAAUUUUACUUGGUGAUAAAGGAUUUUUGAAAAUGAAUUGAAACAUUGUGAAACGUGGCUGCAAACCAGCCAAUCAGGAAUAGAGGAGAUCUGAACUUCAGCUCCUUCAAGUCGCUCUCUGCUUCUACUUUUUUGCUUGGAAAAGAAAAAUCACAUGGAUCCCACCAUGGAUGUAGCCGACAUGCUGAUAGAUAAAAUCUUAGAGUGGGUGAAGCUGCAGAAAGAAGGUGCAGAGAAGUUUGACAAACUGGCCACUGAACUGGAGGAAAUCAAGAAAGGUUGCAACAUCAGCAAAGUUGUAGGCAGCUCAGUGUCUGUAGGAGGAGCGGCAGCCAUGACAGUUUCUGGUAUAUCAGCCCUCGUCACUGGAGGAGCUGCGAUCCCGUUCCUGUUCACGGCUGGAGCCGUGGCCUCCGGCCUCGGUCUGGGCACUAACCUGACCUCAGACGUUGUGGACAUCACUGUGGCGAGCCUAAACAUGAAGGAAGCCAAACAGAUCGGUGAGAAGAUUGAGGAUCUCGAAAAGGGGAUUGAGAAGCUGAUGGGAACAUUGAAGGAGGAAGGAGAGCGGAGGGAAAAAGAGGCUUCGUCCUUUGAGAAACUUUCUCCAGAAGAUUACGUUGUAGAAAGGAUCAUGAGGGCCAUGGCCAAACGAGAGGGACUGAUGCUGAACACCAGGAUGAGUCUGCAGAGCAUGAUGUCUGGGUUCUCCAAAACACUGAUCAGUGAUAAGGAGGCAGAUUUUGCUCUUCUUGGGAUUUCUUUAGCUUCCAAGUUUGCGAUGAUCGCAGCAAGAAAGUCUGGGAAGAGUUUGGUGUCGAAUGGACUUCCAGAGCUGGCAAAGUCCAUGGGAGCAAAAGCUGCAGGCAAAGCAGUCGGACGGGUUGGAGCAGGAGUGGUUGGGUUGGCAUUUUCAGUUCCUGAGCUGGUGAUCAACUGUAUCGAUGUGAAUAACUGUAAGACUGAAGCCAGUCAGAGUCUGAGGAAGAACGCUGUGGACAUACGGAAAGCUUCUGACCAGAUGGAAACCGACCUGAAAAACAUUCAAUCGAUCUUCCGUAGGUUGGCCAAAGUUAAACGCUCCAUUGAAACCAAAAGCAAGAGCAGUGACGACUGUCAAACUCUGCUGACGUUUGCACAGGAUACCUGCAAAGAUGAAUCCAUUAGGAAGUGGCUCAGGGAAAACACAGAGUCAAAGAUCUUCUCCAAGCUGGUGGACAUGUUCCAGUUCCUGAAGGAAAACCUUGAUGAGGAAGAGGAGAAGAACCACAGCAACGAAGUUGACAUCACCUUUGUGGCUCAUGGAGCGAUCACUGACUCCAUGAUGCCAGCCAGCUGCCUGCUGCCUCUGCCCACCGUCUCCGACGUUGUCCUGUACUCGCCCUGGAACUGCAACCUUGAAGCUACCGCAGCGUACGGUAUCGCCACAGGGAAGAUUCAACCUGUCCACAGAGAGUUUUACUGCUCACCUGGUCGUGGCUGCAAGGUUCCAGAUAACAGACAUCGGCCCAAACAUCUCCCUGAUGGGUGGAACUCCAUGAAGAAAGCUGGAAAUCAAAAGAUUCCCAACAUCAUCGUGUCUCCUUUGAAAACACCUAAGGAUGGAGUCUGGGAGAAAUUUGAAAUGCUAGAAAGCAGACAUGGCAACCCAGGAAGAAACCACAUCCUCAUCCCAUUGAUCCUCCCAGAACAAGAUGAUGAUGAUGAUGAUAUCCCUCUCCCUGUGGUCACCUUGGCUCUGUCGCUGGUGCUCAUGUUCUCCAGGUUUCAGGCCACGCUCCACCUCACCGUCUGUCUGGGGAAACUAUCUAGAAGAAUGAAUCUGGAUGAAGAAGCUCUGAAGCAGCAGUACGCCUGCACCAUCGACUUCACAGGAAUGACCUCAGCUGAGAAGAUGUUGGCCUCCACGUUCCAAUCUAUAAUAUCUUCAGUGAUAAAGUUCUUCAGAAGAAAAGAAAGCAGUGCAGAAACAGUACAUGAGAGGCUGGCCAAAUCUUUCAAAGCCAUGUUCGGUUGAACUCUGAGACAAAAUGGGUCCUGAGAAAAUAUCAAUAAAACUAGAACAUCUCUGGUUUUAUGAAGUAGAUGUAUUGGUCUAAAGCUUCAGGUCCAUCUCAACAGGUUUUAUUUUAUCAAUAAUAGAAAAUAUUCAUCAGAUUCAUAUUAUUCCACUUUCUGUUCAGCUUCUAUAAACUGCACUGCCAUCUAGUGGUCUUAGACUGCAAAGGAAAUUUACCUUCAGCUUAUUUUAUUUAUUUAGUCGUAAUGAAUACAAUCAGCAUCAGUCACAUUUACAUUAAAGCAAAUAACAGUUUAACUGAAUCCAAUCAAAACAGAUUCAAAACUCAAAUUCAGGACAUCAAAUAAUCAGAAAAUUCAGCUGAUUUGCAUUUAGUCAUUUAAUUUACAGCAACAGGCAACAAACUGCAUAAGCUGCAGAUGAUUGGUUAUAUUUAUAAGUUUGGCUUUAUUUGUUUACGGUUGUUUUGAUUAUGCAAACAUCACUUCUAUAUGCAGAAAUGCAGUUUUUAUUAGUGUCAAUAAUUUAUUCCUUAUUGUUUUUCUUCACAGAAAUGAUAC